CUCAUUCCGACUGGUUGCAUCACAGCCCAGUGUGGAAGGUCCAGUGCACAGAUCCAGAAGAGGCUGCAGAGCAUUGUAGACUCAGCCAGAUCCAUCAUGGACACAACCCUCCCCACCAACAGUUCCUCAACAAAGCAGCGUCUACCAUAAAGGACCCUCACUACCUGAGAUAUACCCUCAGCUCAUUACUACUAUCAGGGAGGAGGUACAGGAUGCUGAAGACACACUAACAAUUCAGGAACAGCUUCUUCCCCUCUGCCGUUAGAUAUCUGAAUGGUCCAUGAACACUUCUUCUCCAAGGAUUGUCCCUUUGUUGUGGUGGAAAGGCUUGUCGGUUCCUGAGAUCUCAAGAGCGAUGCUGUCUGGCAGUUAGCCCCUGGCAAGCCCACCCAUGGCGGUAAGGUCAAGGAGCAGGCUCCAGACAGAGUGAUCCAACCAAGACUUCAGCGGUGGAGCUGGUGAGAGAUGAUGACACAUCACAACAGCAGUGAAUGCGGAGGAAUGCUGCAGUCCAUCAUCCUGCUUUCAUUGCCACAGGAUCCUCACUCCAGUCUGUGAAGGACUGUGUGGUGACCGCCCAUGCAUCAGCCUCCCCACAUUAAACAAGAUCAUGAACAGAUGUUUUCCGUUAAGGAAAUGACCCUUUAUGAGAACAUUAUACUCACCCUGAGUGAUCACGCCGCUACUAUGGUGAGAAUGAAUAUUGACCAUGAGAUCGGUCUCCUGAUCGAAGAGAUUCGUCGCCUUGGAUCUCCAGGACCAGAUGGUAAAAUCAGAGUCAAGUUCGGAGUGCUGUUCACUGAUGACAGAUGUGCCAAUCUAUUCGAGGCUCUGGUGGGGACUCUGAAAGCGGCCAAGAAGAAGAAGAAGAUCAGCUUCACUGAAGAGCUGCUAUUACAAGGGGUUCAUGACAAUGUUGACAUUGUUUUAGAAGUGGACUGAUGGCUCCUGAGUGCGGUAGCAGCAUUGGUGACGUCAUUGUAACCAGUCCUCAGGAAACACGGGGUAGAUAGUUUUUUAUAUGCAUUUUGUAACAAGACUGAAAUGUUGAAUUGUUUGAAACUUAAAAAACCACCCAAUAAAGUCAACGUCCAAGCUGA